AUGUGGCUUAUACGAGGCCCUAAUGCUCUCGCAUCUUGCAGGCAAAUAUAUGCAUCUCAAUUACCAAAAUAUCGUCUUUAUUCCACUAGAUCCUAUGAUCCUCUCCGCAUUCUCUUUUGUGGCUCCGACGCAUUUAGUAUUGCCUCCUUGAAAGCUCUCCAUGCUUAUCAUUUGAAGCAGCCGAGUCAAAUUGCUUCAAUAGAUGUGGUGUGUCGACCUGGAAAGAGAGUAGGAAGAGGCCUUAAAAAGAUCCGAGAAGUACCUAUCAAAGAGGUAGCCUCCGGACUUUCACUGCCAAUUCAUGAAAUUGAUACAUUCACAGGAUGGACACCUCCAGUCACCGCAAAUGGGCCCAUUAACCUCAUUGUUGCUGUUUCAUUUGGCCUUUUUGUACCACCGAGAAUUUUGAACGCUGCUAGCUAUGGAGGUGUCAAUGUACAUCCUUCGUUGCUACCAGACUUCCGCGGUCCAGCACCGCUCCACCAUACUCUUCUGGCUGGCCGAUCAACCACUGGUGUAACAUUGCAGACACUUCAUCACAAGAGCUUCGACCAUGGAACCAUUCUCUCCCAAACCCCAGCCCCAGGCUUUGAGAUCCCAAGCCCCAACUCCUGCACUGUCCCUGAACUGGUGAACCUCGUGGCCCCGCAGGGUGCCCAGUUAUUAGUAGACGGUAUUGAGAAUGGCCUAUUCGUACCCCCAGUGAAGGAUGCCGGCUGGCGCGCUGAAGAGGGCGAUGAACUUAUCCACGCCGCCAAGAUUAAGCCAGAGGACCGACAUCUGGACUGGAUGGCUUGGGAUUUGUUGAAUAUCCAACGGCGCUUCCGCGUGCUUGGACCUCUUUGGAACAAGGCUCUUGUUCCGACGACAACUACAGAUCUACCCACAGAGUUCACCUAUAAGCGUGUGAUCUUGACAGAUACCGAAGAAGUAGAACCGCUCAAGGGAAGUACUUCUUUAUCUGUUGUUCCCGGUGUACCAUUUGCGAAUGCGUCUUACCCCGUUGGACCAAAGAAGGGCAGAGCUCUCUACGUCUAUACGAAAGAUGGGAAGACGCUCCGCAUUAACAAAAUGAAGGUUGAGGGUGAACAAGAAGCUGAGGGACUUCGUGCUGCAAUCAAAGCUCGCAUGUUUGGUGAUGGGUCCUUCCAAUCAGAAGGUGCAGAUUUCACACCCUUCCGCAACCCUCUGUCUUGA